AAACUAAUUAAACCAAAUAUAAAAGCGGACCAAAUAAUAUUAACAACAGAUGGCAUUAACACUGUCAGCAAUAACAUCAUCAACCUUAAUCCGUCGAAAAUUACCCAUAGUAGGUGCCUUUUGUGUACUUACUUUUGGUUUCUCUAAUCUCUCUAUCCCUUUUACCAAACCGGGUUUUGCUCACUCACUUGGGUUGAAAUUAAGUGGUGAAAGACAGAGUACAAGUGUUAGUAGUAUUAGAAUGGGAGAUAGUAGCAGCAAGAUUGUUCCUAGUAUUGUUGUUUAUGUCACUGUUCCUAACAAAGAAUUGGGUAAGAAACUGGCAGGGAGCAUAGUCAAGGAGAAACUUGCAGCAUGUGUUAAUCGAGUACCAGGCGUCGAAUCUGUUUACGAGUGGCAAGGAGAGGUACAGACCGAUUCUGAAGAGCUGCUUAUAAUCAAGACCAGGGAAUCCUUAUUGGAAGCUCUUACAGAACACGUGAAGGCCAACCACGAAUAUGAUGUUCCGGAAGUGAUUGCGAUGCCCAUAGUUGGUGGGUAUCCCCAGUACCUAGAAUGGCUCAAGAACAGCACAAGGGAUAAAUGAUUAAAUGCCAAGACAGGCUUGUUCAACCUUGAGCUAGAACUUUGUAGGAGUCAGAGACAAAAUAUCUAUGUUACUAGGUAUCUACCAUCUGAUACUUAUUACUUAAAGUGUGUCGUUAGUCUUGACUCUUGAUGUGAGCUCUUAUAUCUAUCUCUAAUAAUAAUAAUAAUAUCUUAGAUGCAUGGGUGAUUUGGGGCACUGCUUGUUGUAUAAGGUCUACAAAUGCAAUACUACUACUACUACUGUAUCCUUUUAUGAAUUUGGAAAGCAAACUUUGCCAGUUUCUGAUGAAUAUGAACAUUUCGAAGGACUUGUUGAGCU